AUGCCAUUGCUUUGCGCCGCCAGGCGAGGAAAAAAGGGCGGCGGCAACAGCUCGAGGAAGGCGACCGCCGCGUCCACGCCCGGCAGUGGGAAGAAGUCAGUCGGCGCGGGCUCGUCCAAGCGGGGCGAUGGUUCUGGCAAGGCCGGCAGAGUCUCGGAGCCGAUCGACGAGAUCUACGAGCGGGAGACCAAGGAGUUCGCGAAGGCAGACGGGUCGUCGUUGUUCUUCCAGGACAAGAAGUGGCAGGUCAAGAUCAGGUGCACCCGCCGCUACAUUGGGAAGGCAGAAGACGCCGAGAAAGCAGCCGCGACCGAGAGUGCGAAGAAGAACGCCACCAAGGUCAAGGACACCAUGUCCAUGAUGGAGACCUGCAUGAAGAUGCACGCCGCGCUUAAGUCGGGUACUGGCGACGCGGCCGUCAACGAGUGGUUGGGCAGCAUGCGGGAGCUCGUCCAGUUCUUGCAUGAUAAGCCGGACGUGCAGCUGAAUUGCAAGUAUUUCUGGGAAUGCCACUACGACGCGCUCAACUCGUCCAUCGACCCGAACCUCCUGGUCGCCGAGCUCGACAAGAACAUUCUCGUUCAGAGGGGCCUCAUCGGGAACGCGUCCCUGGCGGGGGACUUCCAGCGGGCGCAGGUGUCGGACCUCAUUACUGCUCUGCUGCAGAAGACGGGCAUCGGUAAGGAGGCAGUUGUGACUGGUCUCCGCGAUCGGAUAGGGCCUUUCCUCCUGCCGAAGAACGCGGAUUCCAGUACGCCGUCGAUCCUUGGCGAAUUGCAGAUCUUCUCCAACUUGUUGGCCGCUGAGGUCCCCCCCGUACUUGACGUCAUUGGCCAGCUGGAGCAAGUGCUCACCCAGUUGACCGAGGGGCAGCUCCCGAGAGACCACUUCGUCGGCUUGCUCUCGAGGCACAGAACGACCGGAGGGCACGUCACCGACCAUAUCAAGGGGAAGAUCGCCGCGGCGAAGGCUCAGUUGAACAAGACGGCAGAGCUCGAUCGGCUGUCGACGGCGUUGCGCAAGGUCUGCGCGUCCCCCGACCUGUCCUUGUCCUUCGACAUUGUCACCGAGGCUGCGACGUGGGCCGACAGCAACUUGGGCGGAGACGGCGAUGACCAGGGCGUGAAUGUCAACUUUGGCAAAGACUUGGAUAACUCAUUGGCGGCCAUGGCCGGGUGCGUCUUGAGCGGUUGGGCAUCCGCGUACGGCGAUCAUGCCACUUGGGGGACCGACGGCGCCAAGCCCGUGCAGGACUUCGGUGCUCUGGCGAUCCAGUUCUCCGAAGCUUGCAGCCUCCGGCGGGGUGCUGGCGAUCAUCUGAAGCAGGAUAUGGAGGUUGUCAGUUUCGCCAAGGCCUGGUUCGACAACCACUCUACCCUCGUCAAGGGCGUAGGCAGCAUGUCAAGCCUCGACCCGAGCGAGGUCGCCAACGUGCUCGGGGUUGCCAAGUGGGCGCCGGUGAAGCAGUGGCUCGAGCGGCACAGCUUACUUCCAGACGUUGACGCCAAUCGCACCAUGCUGCUCGCGUGGGGACGCGUGAACGCCAAUCUCAAGUCGGUGCAGGACUGCGGGGAACACUUCGACAAUGCCUUCGCGGGGCUGUCCGAGACCCUUCGCGGCACGGUGUCGGCGGCCGCGGAGCGCGUCUCUCAGGGCUUCGUCAUCUGCCGCUCCCUGGUGGAGCAAGGCGUCGAUGCGCUCGUCGCUUCGGAAUGCCCCCUCCGCGACCAGGUGCGGUCCCUUGACGUGCAGGCGGAUUUGGGCGAGCUCUCUCAGCUAUCUGUCAUGGGCGAGGUGGAGGUGCUUCGCGGCGAGUAUUUGCGACGGUAUAUUUCCCUGGCGAGGAAGUGCGCCCAGUUGCCUCUCGCGGGCGCCGAGUGGCCGGGCGAUUUCAGCCACCGCAUCGAGAUCGGGCAGGAGGUCGCUGCCAUGAGAGAGUUCUUGCAGAAUGUCGCGGUUGACAAAUGGGCACUUUUAGAGGGGCCAGGGUUCAAGCCGAAGAUCGAAGACGGCAGGGGCAUGCUCGGUUGGGCCAGCGGAGUCCUCUCGAAGGCCAGCGACGGCAUGGCGACGAUCAUCUCUGAGUUCGCCGCGAAGCUCAAGAGCUCUAUGCCGAGCGCCUUGACCUUGGAGAACCCUGAGAUGUUGAGCAACCCGACGCUCCAGGACGAGUUGUUCAAGAACCCUGAUCGCGAAUCCCUCAAUCCCUGGGUGAACCAGAUUCAGCAGUACCUCACUUCCUUAAAGAAGGCGGAGUCCGAUGGGUUCAAAGUGAGUAAGACAUUGAAGCAGGCGUAUACCGAGGGGGCCAAGGUUCGCGCCCAUGGCAAGCUAUGCAUCCUGCUCGACUGGUCGCUGGACCUGAUCCUCAGCAGCCCGACGUCGAGCAACGAGGAGCUCAUCGCGAAGGCCGGCGAGAUCAACGAUAACCUCAGGCGCACGGGCGUGAGGUUGCCGGGCUACCUGGUCGCGCUCGUGGCCGAGAUGGCGAACGCCGGCAAGAAGCCGGAGGCUGCGUAG